AGGGAGGUGGAGAGGACGAGGAGGCGGCCAUGAGCGGCGGCGGGAUGGAGGUGGAGGUGCGGGUGGUGGGCGGCGCCCGGAGCUGCUUCGCGGCGCUCCCGCUCCACCUGAUCCACGCCCUAUCCCGCACCUCGGCCUCCGGCGACCUCCCGCCGGUCCUCGCGCUCGACCUCCGCGCCGCCGCCACCGGGGCUCGCUGGUCCCUCGCCUGGUCCGGCGCCGCGUCCCGCUCGCGCGCCAUCGAGGUUGCUCAAGAGCUGGCAGAAUGCAUCUCGCUGCCUGAUGGAACAAUUGCACAGUUGAGUGUAGCUCGCUCUCUAGCCAGAGCUGACUCGGUUUGCAUAGAGCCUUUCAGUGAGGACGAUUGGGAGAUACUGGAGAGCCGUGCUGAUUUGGCUGAAGAAACCAUCUUGACUCAGGUUGGUGUUGUUUACGAGGGCAUGAAAUUCCCAUUGUGGUUGGACGGCCAUAAUAUUGUGAAGUUUGUUGUGACCUCAUCUUCUCCAAAGAAGGCACUAGUUCAGCUUGUUCCAGGAACUGAAGUUGGUGUGGCACCCAAAAAACGCAAGGGAAACUCCAGCCAAGAUAUGCAAAAGCAAAGUGCACUGAAGGAAGAAGCCAAAAUAAAGGCUCUCCUGCGUGUUCAAGCAGCAGAUAGAAAGUAUGUGCAUCAAUUCAAAUACAAGGGUGUCAAACUGGGGGUGAUUCUCAGCUAUGCUGUGCUGAUGCAUCCAGAUACAGCUGCAAGGUCUUCAUUUUGCAAUCUUCAGUUGGUCACUAUUUCAUCUAAAUCACCACCAAAGGGACUAACUCAAAAAGGCAAGGAAGUUACUCAAAAGAAGGGUAUUUUAGUGCAUAAAGGAAGGGUCCGAGAAGUGGUUGUCUAUGUUUUAUUCUCAGACUCCGUUUCCAAAGGGCAUGUUAUGCUUCCUCACUCUAUUCGUCAGUACAUAAGUGCAGAUACCCAUUCAUGGGUUUAUGUGAAGAAAUUCUCAGCUAAUGUCAAGAAUGAUCAACCUAUAAUGACAAUAAGUCCAUUACGUUUUAAGAUGCAUGAAAAAGUUGCCCUUGAUGGUAGUGAAUUAGGAAGUCAGGAAGAAAAUAUUUGGAGGAAAACUAGCAUGCCCUCAGAAAAUGGUGACGCCUUUCAGGAAGUUCGUUUUGGUAACAAGGAUGAUCUUCUGAGUGCAAAUUUUGAUGGCACUGCUGAAUCCAUAUCAGAACAUAAUAUGCUCAUUAAACAGUGGCUUGUUGGGCAACUUAAAGAAAUGCGUUUACAUGCUGGGAAUUCUGAGAUAAGUCCAGUUGUUUUGCCAACCAAAGUUUUGCUCCAUUUUGAAGCAGUAGACCAAAAGAAAAACAGGGGAGUUGAAUUUCUAUACCUGCUAAAGGUUGGUUUUGAAAAUUCUAGCCACAGUAAUUUGCUAGGCAAUGCCGAGCUUGCUUGGAGUACUCAACCUGAUGAUCUAGAAAACUUGGAAUUGAAUUUUGGGAGGUUAGAGCUGGGUGAACCUGAAUCUUUUGAUUCUGUAGUAGAUGAUGGCUUCAACAAUGGGUUCAAGCUGACUCAAUCUUCUUUAGGCUGGAUGGAGAAUGCAAUGUCAGAUGUCAAAAAAAGGCUGUCUGUUCUCUUAUCAUCUACUAGUUUGAGGUUAUUUGUCCGGCUAAAGCUCCCUUUCCCUGGUCAUGUUCUUGUCCAUGGACCUCGAGGUUCUGGGAAAACUGCUUUGGUUAGGGCUGCUGCAAAAUAUUUUGAAGAACAUAAAGAGAUAUUGGCACAUGUAAUAUAUAUAGAUUGUUCCAAACUUGCACUGGGCAAGGCUAAGGAGACAAAGAAAACGAUUGAAGAUAGCAUUUGUGAAGCUCUGCUUCACGCACCUUCAGCUAUCAUAUUUGAUGAUCUAGACAAUGUAGUUUCAGUGUCUUCAGAUCCUCAAGCACCUCAGUCAUCCAGUUCAUCUGAUUCUAUAGUAAGAUAUUUGGCUGAUAUCAUGGACGAGUACAAGGAUAAGAUUCGGAACACGUGUGGAUAUGGGCCUAUUGCAUUAAUGGCUUCAGUUCAAGCACUUCAGAGUCUUCCUCAAGAUUUAACUUCUUCUGGGCGAUUUGAUUUCCAUAUUGAGCUUCCUGUUCUUGCUAUUCCUGAGCGUGAGGCACUAUUGAAACACCAUGUUGAGGAGCAUGAGUUACAGUGUUCCAGGGAAGUUCUUUCAGAGAUAGCAUCAAAAUGUGAUGGCUAUGAUGCAUAUGACUUGGAUAUUUUGGUUGAUAGGGCUGUGCAUGCUGCUGCUUCUCGCUUUGUUCUGCCUUCUAAUGCCUAUUUGAACUGUGCUGAGCCAACAUUAGUGAAGGAAGAUUUCUUGAAAGCAAUGCAUGACUUCCUUCCAGUUGCCAUGCGUGAUCUUAGCAAAUAUGCCCCUGAUGACAAUGAAGGUGGUUGGGAAGAUGUUGGUGGCCUUAAUGAAGCAGUAACCAUUAUUAAAGAGACCCUUGAAUUGCCAUCAAAAUAUCCAAAUAUCUUUACUAAGGCACCUGUAAGGCUGCGAUCAAACAUCCUCCUCUAUGGACCACCUGGAUGUGGCAAAACACACACUGUGAGAGCUGCAGCUGCUGCUUGUUCUCUGAGAUUCAUAUCAGUCAAUGGUCCAGAGCUACUGAAUAAGUACAUUGGUUCUUCUGAACAAUCUGUUCGUGACUUCUUUGCAAAGGCAGCUGCUGCAGCACCUUGCCUACUGUUCUUUGAUGAGUUUGAGUCCAUUGCACCCCAGCGUGGAACACAUAGUGCAGGAGUUUCUGAUCGUGUUGUUAAUCAAUUCUUGACAGAACUAGACGGUGUAGAAAGCUUGACUGGAGUAUUUGUGUUUGCUGCUACAAGUAAACCACAAUUAGUUGAUGCUGCACUCUUGCGGCCUGGAAGAUUUGACCGUUUGAUCUUAUGUGAUUUUCCUGGAUGGCAUGAGCGCUUGGAAAUUCUGAAGGUGUACUCCAGAAAGGUUUCACUGGCAAGUGAUGCAAGUCUGGAAGAAGUUGCUUCUUUGACUGAAGGAUUUACAGGUGCAGAUCUCGCUGCUAUUCUAGCAGAUGCUGGGGUGGCAGCAGUGAAUGAAAUUCUGGAGGAGAUAAAUAAUGGUACUAUCUCAGAUAGAGAGCCAUGUAUCAGCAGAGAACUUCUGAUGUCUGUUGCUAUGAAGGCUAGGCCUUCUACAUCAGCAGACAAAAGGAGGCAGUAUGACAUGGAGUACGGUGAAUUUGUAUCAUCCAGAAAGUCGGUUUCAACGAAGGCAAGAGAAUCUAAAGGGAAAAAGGUCACACUUGCUUGAGUCUCUCCCUUGAGCAUACUGACAUCUCUCUGCAUUGGAUAAGUGCAGCAAAAAUGGCAAGCACUUUUUUUUCGGCUUGCCCAGGAAACUGUGUUCUUUAUUAACCUCAGUUUUGACUUGAAAAGUCCACAUUUCUUGGAGAAGAAAAAAAAA